CGUUAACUGACAAAAUUCACUUUUACGUGACUGACCUUGGCAAGUGUAAGCACACUUUACUAUGUGACUAACAGAUAUGUACUUCCCGGGCAUAUCUACCGAGUAAUUUCGAGUAACCAAAAGGAACCUCCACAUUGUCCUUGGCAUCAUUCUCACUGGCUGAGUGGCUGACUAGAUGGUCCGGAAUUGGCUACCAAGAUGCGUUAAUGGAGAAUCGACCCCCGUCCGUUCCCCAUUACAGCUACCCACUUCUCCACAAACUUACCCCGGAUUGUCCAGAACCGGAGCUCACGCACGUGUGCCGAGACAAUGGCCUGGAAAGCUGGGGAGUGGCCUGGAAACCGGUCGAGUAUACGCCGACGAAAGGGCCGAUAAACUUGAUUUAGUCUCGUGGCACGAAAUUUGGGAAGUCCUUUAUGGAGCGCCGCGUUACCGUGGGCCGCGGUUCGGUCAGGAGAUUGAAUAAAUAUAAGGGGGAUUCCGACUCUUCUUAGAGAGGAGGUUUAUUCUCUGUACGCUUAAUCGUCCUGUUAUUCGCCAAAAAAAAAAACGCCAUGACUUUAGGAGGUAGACCCUAUCGGGCCUUGCUCGCCCUUUUGCCGCUCUCAUCAUGGCUGCUAGGCGGUUCCUGCUCUGCAGUUUCGAAUCCGACGAAGCCGUCGUUCUUCCCUAAAGGAACAAUGAAAGGUGCUCAUCAACUGCCCUACCGGGAUGCAUCGCUAUGUAUCGACGAUAGGGUCGAUGAUCUCGUUCGGCGCAUGACACUCGAGGAGAAGGCUGGCCAGAUGUUCCACGCCAUGUUGUUUAUGGGCGCUAAUGGCACAUUGGACGCGGGGAGCGAAGAGGCUCGACGCAACAGCACCGACUUCAUGAUUGGCGACCAGCUAAUAACUCAUUUCAACCUUGUCGGCGACAUCACCGAUGCGCGGGAAGUGGCCGAGUUCUACAACCGGGUCCAGAAACGGGCCGCGGAGACCCGCCUCGGUAUCCCCGUAACUCUAUCCUCUGAUCCCCGGCACCACUUUACCGAGAACGUGGGAACCGGGUUUAAUGCAGGACGUUUUUCGCAGUGGCCCGAGACUCUCGGGCUUGCCGCGCUUCGAAACGCGAGUCUUGUGCAGAAGUUCGCCGAGGUUGCCCGAGAGGAAUAUCUCGCUGUCGGUCUCCGUGCCGCGCUGCAUCCCCAGGUCGACUUGUCAACAGAGCCUCGAUGGGCACGAAUCUCCGGUACUUUUGGCGAAGAUUCCGAACUGACAGCUGAACUCCUAGCUGCGUAUAUCAAAGGGUUUCAGGGCGAGGAGCUAGGAAGCCGCUCCGUAACGACGGUCACGAAGCAUUUCCCCGGAGGGGGCCCGAUGGAGAAUGGCGAGGACUCGCACUUUGUCUACGGGAAGAACCAGACAUAUCCUGGAAACAACCUCGAGUACCACUUAAUCCCCUUCAAGGCGGCUAUCGCGGCCGGAGCUCGGCAGAUGAUGCCUUAUUAUAGCAGACCUAUUGGUACCGAGUAUGAUCCUGUAGGAUUCUCGUUCAAUAAGCAGAUCGUCACAGAACUUCUCCGUGAAGAGCUCGGCUUCGAAGGAAUCGUGGUGACUGACUGGGGCUUGAUCACCGACACCGAGAUCUCCGGGCAGGACAUGCCCGCGCGCGCGUGGGGCGUUGAGAGCUUAUCCGAGCUCGAGCGCGCGACGCGCAUCCUCGAAGCCGGGUGCGACCAAUUCGGCGGCGAGACCCGUCCCGAGCUCAUCGUCCAGCUCGUUCGGGAAGGCGUCAUCCGCGAGUCGCGCCUCGACGCCUCGGUGCGCAAGCUGCUGCGCGAGAAGUUCGUCCUCGGGCUCUUCGACAACCCGUUCGUGGACCCCGAGGCCGCUGUGCGAAUUGUCGGGAACGACGAGUUCGUGCGCCUCGGCAACGAGGCCCAGCGCCGCGCGUACACGCUGCUCAAGAACCAGGACAGCGUCCUCCCGUUGAAGAGCGUGGGCCCCGACACUAAGUUCUACAUCGAGGGCUUCAACGCGACGUACCUACAGAGCCGCAACCUCACCGUUGUGGCCGCGCCCGAGGAGGCUGAUUAUGCGCUCCUGCGGCUGGAGGCGCCGUAUGAGCCCCGGCCCGGUGGUUUCGAGGCGGGCUUCCACGCCGGCUCGCUCGAGUUCUCGGCGGAGGAGAAGGAGAGGCAGGCGGGUAUUUACUCGGUUGUACCGACGAUCGUGGACAUCAUGCUUGACAGGCCGGUGGCAGUGCCCGAGGUGGCGGAGGGGGCCGUGGCGAUGCUGGCUAGCUUUGGGAGCAGCUCCGAGGCAUUUCUAGAUGUCCUCCUGGGAGUAGCGGAGCCGGAAGGGAAAUUGCCGUAUGACCUGCCAAGGUCAAAUGCCGCGGUUGAAGCAGCGAUGGAGGAUGUGCCGUUUGAUACUGAAGAUCCGGUGUUUAAGUUUGGUCACGGUUUAAGAUAUGCGUAGUAGUGCACUAAUAGACUAAUAGGGGUUGGAUUGUUAUAUUUACACUCAUGGGCAAGGUACUGGAGGAGGUAUGUUGUAAUGAUAUACAGUGUGGAUUUAUUGACAUAGGAAAAUAUAUACUGUCCAAAGCUA